AUGCACCUGUAUAGAACAAAGUGUAUUCUACGGUACAUCAAUAUCAUGAAGGUGUCAAGGGACGAGAAUGGACUCACUGGCUUCAGUGCGGUCGCGAGGGUCAAACUGAAGCCUGAGUACACAGCGAGUACGAACGUCCUACUGGGCGAAGAAUCUAGACUGUACAGUAUACCAAACAAAGCACAAACAAAGUCCGAUGGCGCAUCACCGGCAGACGUUUCAAGCGAGGAGUACGUCUACGACGCGAGCGUGCAGGCCGUCAGCAUGUUCUGCUUCGUCGCGGGUCCUGAUCUCGGACGCUAUAUGCGUCCUGACGUGCUUGUGCGUCAAAGAGCGCUAGCGCUCAGUUAUGAGCAUGUUGUUCAGAGUAUUCCAAUAGGGAGCGAUGUCGUCGCUGGAGUCAAGUUCGGACAUGAGAUCCCGGGCGCCAAGAUAUGCGACAGACAACCUUCAUCUAGCGAAGAUGUCACCUCUGCGACGGCGACUGCAGUGGAGAAGACCUUUCCCAGCUUUUCCCAAACGGACACUUGGAGACAUUGUACAACAGAGCUUGAAGAGAGCGUGCAUUCGCUCCAGGAAAGCGAAGAACACACAAGGCUGAUAGAGAUUAUAAAACGGGCUGACCUAGUGGAAUCAGAGCUCACCGUACCCGCGGAAAAACAUUCAUGUCAGAAAUCAGCGACAGACCUCAAGAUUGAUAAGUCCCGGAAGCUCUUCAACCGUCCGCGUACGAUCGUGUCGUUCUUGGUAGUGAGCGCUGGCCUCGCGAAGCUCAUUCAGUAUGCCCCACCGCUCACUCCUCUAGGCCUCAGGCUAUGCGAUGACAUAUUGUGCGAGCGCAACAAGCGUUACGGGACAGGAGCUCAGAAGUCGCUGAUUAUCACAAUGCCUGGCUCUCCUCCGACUACUGCUCCGCCUGACGCGUCCGGCUUUCAACUCCAGGUUAACGACGCUCUACCUGCCAUCCCUCCCAGCUGGACAUCCUUCCGUGCGACUACGUCCCGACUAGCGAAUGCUCUCCUGUACAGCGUCUGUGGCAUUACAAGCGAGAUGUCGCAGAUCAUCCUGCAAGUCGCCUCUACGCUGUACACCGACAUCUUCCUGUGCUGCUACCCAGUUCGCAUUCACGGUGCCCGUUACGCACAUAUCCGCAGCGCGAUGGCUAUCCACGAUACACAAGGUCUCGAGGCCGCCGCGCCGAACACCGCACAAGCUCAAUGGUCUGCUUUCCACACUCGCAUCCUGAACGAACUCGAGCUCGUCGGUAUUCUGUCCGGCGUGCUCCUGACCGGCAUCGCCACCUUCUCUCAAAUCGCUGCUCUCUCGGGCGACCCCAUCGCAUGCACGCUCGCCCUGAUCGCCCUGAUCGACGCACUACACAGCCUCGCGGCCGCUGUAGCGUUCGUCCCUCACUUCAAGGACAUGGUGCCGCUCGCGCGAGGGCGCCGGUGGAUCCGAGACGGCGAACGCCUGUGCGUGUCGCCUGCAGCGCUGCUCGCCGCUCCCGUGGCAUGGCUCCUGUGGGCGUCCAUCUGCGCCAUCGCCGCGUCGCUUGUAUACCUAUGGGCCAAGGCGCUUGAUAUUGAGCCUGCGCUGAUGAGCCCUGCGCGCUGGGUCGUGCCCGGGGUCGUGGUUACUGGCGUGACGCUUCUGAAUGCCGCGCAUCUGCUCUAUGCCAUAUCUGCCUUCCGCCGGCUAGGAGCCGGCUGCCUUGAAGUCGAGGGCGUCACUGCUGAUCCUUUGCCAACUGCAGAACAAACAAGUGCGGGUGUAAUCGCUCAAGUCCUACAUGCUGGCUGA